AGAUCCCUUGAGAAAAUAUAGUUGAGGAUAAUUACAGCUCUCAAUCAGCACCAUUCAUUUGGGAAACUGAAGGCAAAGCAGCGCUGCAGUGGAAUUUUCUCUUCUCUCCAUCAUCUCACUUCCCUGCAAGCAAGAUUUCAUGGUUGGGCCUCAACUCUUUUGAGCAACCACACACCGUAAAGAAGAAGUCCAUGGCUACUUCUUUGAAUUCCGUUCUGGGCUUUCCGUCAACCGCAAACUACUGGAAUCUAUCUAGGAGUGCCUCUCUGCAGAAAGUUGCACACUUCCCAUCUUCCUUUCAGAUGCGGGGGUUAAGAAGAUGUGUGCCAGUUACUAGACAGAAUUUCUUUCUUUUAGUUGCUAAAAGUGAUCGUCUUGAAACGGAAGUUAGUGAUAAGGACUCUGGAAAUGCUGAAAGCUCAUACUCUGAAGCUAUUACAUCAACUGUGAAUACAUCAUCCUAUGAAUCUUCUAAAACAGAAGGGGAAGUGCAGCCCAUUGGUCAAACUGAGUCGGCCGUGCAAGAAGCCGAAGUUUCAAAUGGGUCUGCAACUUCUGCGAACUUGGAAGAGGAAGCAUCUUCCUCCAGUCCAAAACCAACCUUGAAGAGAUCUCCAUUGACAGCAAGAGAGAAACUUAGGGCAGCCAGGGUUCUCAGCCGGUACAAUGAAUCAAAGACCUCUAAACCUCAGAUGGGAAGCAAACUAAUUGAGGCCCUACGAGAAAGUGAGAAGGGGAAAAUGAGAUCUGGACUUCCAGAGGCGCCUACAAAUCUGUUUGAUGAUAGCAAAAGAGGGAUGCCAAAACCAGGAUGGACUUUUGAGUUUCCAGGAGGAAUCGAUGUCUUUCUUGUUGUAUUUUCAUUUGUAUUCAUCAGCACAGUUAUGUUUGCUACAACAUACAUUGUGUGGAAAGUUGGUGCUAUCCAUUUCAACGAGUACUGAGGUAGAUGGUCAUCGUAUAUCCAGUUUCCUUGGGUUUUCAGGACAUGGUACUGGUCUAGCCAGCAGCCAUCCACUAGCACCCUAGAUGAGCAGAGUUUUGUGUACAACAUAUGCUUUCUUUAUCAUGGCUAAGAAUUAUACUUUUUGCGCCAGUUUAAUGAAUCCGAAGAUCUCAGGUGGACGGUGAGUAGGGAUGGCCGUGUAUAGUUGAAUACAAAAAUGCAGCUCUUCAACACUAUAUUAUGGAACUGUCUUAUUGCCUUAUAUUUGGUUUAUGAUUUUGAUUGAUCAA